AUGACCACCCCUGAAGGCCAGAACAGAACUACGGGCCAUGCACACGAGCAACAUGACCCGCAUUCGCAAUUUCCUCACCAAUUUCCACAAAGAAGCAACCAACCUUUAGGAGCAAAUGCAGGAAAUCUGCGAGGAUCUACAAGAAAAAGCUCAUCAACAAAUAGAGUAAGGCGCAAUUCGGAGCCCUUGUUGAGAAGUGAACCAGAAAGAAGCGCAACGCGUGAUGCAGACGAAGGAGAAGAAGAUUUCAACACCACACUUCGUUUUGAUGAGAAUAAUCACAUACACCGUACUUCUUUUCAAGAUAGCUACGAUGACCAGGACCGAAAUGCUAGCUACCACGACAGCGACCAAAACACAAGCAUGAGCGAGGACAAUAUCAGCACCAUUCCGUUAAAGUCCAUCAUUUCCAGGCAGUCAACUAAAAACCCAUCCAUUUUGAGCACAGAUGUCAACAAUGAUCGUCUGUCUUUAAUUGCAUCAACUGCAGAGACUUCAAUCGCACCAAGUGUCCAAACACCAGGCACUAAUUUUACUGCGAUGCCUCAUCAACAUCACACAACAAACCUUGACACCACGGACGAAAAUAGUACUACCACUGGCCACAGCACAGCCCCCACUUCAGUCACAACAAAUACCGCACUUUCUGCUGGUGCGAGCCAAGCUCCGUCCGCUGCCAUACAAGAAGGUGAUAACGAAUCGAUUGUCACACUAGCCAGUUCUUCAAGAAGAAGGCGGAGAAGAACGAGUUAUAUUAGAAAAAACGAAGAGGCUUUGGCCAAUGGAUUGCUAUGCUUCAGCAAAAACAAAACAACUGUUAACAAAAUUAAACCUAUAAGAUUGACAUUCACUAUCCACCAUCUAUAUUAUCUCACUGAGCGCAUAGACCAAUCAACUUUGGGAGUAGACGUGGGCCCUUUGAAUGUCAAGUUGGAUAACCCAAAUCACGAACCGACGUUUGUUUCAUUUAUGGCCAACAACGCCAGGUCAUCGAGGCACUUUGACAGUGAUGCCCGCUCGAUAACCUCCAUGAAUUCCAUGAAGUCCAUCGUCUCGAGUGCAUCUGUUUAUUGGAAAUCGUUUUCGUUGAGUAACGAUCCAAAAGUCAUCAAGAAAGAUAUAAAAUACUUGUACUCGUCGUUCACCAAGAUACCAUGUUUAAUUCUCACCCCAAAAACCAAAAUAAACAGUAUCAGCUCGUAUGAAGAAUAUCCAUGCGAUACAUCUGUCCCCAUCAAAAUGUUCAAGAAUUUGCAAGUAUUGGAAUUGAUUGAAUACGAACCUAAUGAAAUAUUCGGAUGGAAUUAUUUGAGCGACCAAUUGCGAAUCUUGAUUAUCAGGAAAAGCAAGAUAACCGAUAUGGCAGAAGUAUUGUUCCAUUUGGUUUUUGAAGAUGCAAAUGGAAGAUCCAGUUUUAACACUGCAAAGAGGAGAUCGAUUCAACUUGAGCCACCGUUUGAAUUGCGAACGUCCGUUGAGGAACUGAAUGCCGCCUUCAAGCACAAAAGAGAUCGCGGGAAUACGCACACAUCCAGUGGAGCUGGCUCCAUUGGUGGUGGUGGUGGUGGUGGUGGUGAUGGUAGUCACUCUGAUUGCGACGCACACAAGUGGCUGGUAUUAAAACAACUAACGAUUCUGGAAACCUCUAUUUCUCACAUUCCUAGGGAGACAUUGAAGCCAUUGGUGAAUUUGGUCAAGUUGAAUUUAUCAAAUAAUCUCUUGGAGGAAUUGCCUGAAGGACUCGAUCAACUUGUUAAUAUCAAGUACUUGAACCUUGCUGAUAACUUCAUAACCAGCUUAAAGAAUCUUCCAUCAAAUCUUGCGCAUCUACUCACCUUAAACCUUAACAACAAUAAACUAACCACUUUAGACGGGUUGGAUAAUUUAGUUUCAUUGGAGAAGAUCGACUUGCGGAGGAACAAUCUAUCCGCAGUGAAAAGUUUAAAAUCAUUGCUUUAUUUGGUGGGGGCCACCAAGUUUGAUAAUGCAUACUUAUCCCACAAUCCUUUGCCCAAAAACUAUAGAGUUGAAUUAUUCAACCUCUUCAAUGGAGUCAAGUACAAAAACAACAUAAAAAUUGAUGAUUCAAGGCCCGGUUACUUUGAAAAAGCGCAGUUGUUGGAUGAAGAGAAUGCAGCUAAAAAUUUGGCACAAUUUAUGGGGGCCCAAAGUUCAACUCACCGACGUCAAAGCUCUACUCAAUUACUAGAGUCUAUGUUGUCGGCUAAAACUCUUGUCACAACCGAGGUAAAUGAAACUGACACAACAUCGGUAUAUAUCGAAAAAGCUAAAGAUUCGGUAAAUUUACCACCCAGCCCUGCGUCUAACGAAAACGAAAUAGUCCAAGCAAUUCGAAGUCUUCAGUUGGAUACUUCUACUAAACGCAGUCCACUACAACCAGUUACUGCUCCGGCAAAAGUAAAGAGGUAUGAUUUGUCCCACACAAUUUUAUCAAACUCGAUCUCGUUACUAUCACAACCAAGUUCUCCUUUGCACGCAAAUUCAAAUAUAAUGAACAAGAUUGAGUCUCCGAACCUGAUCAAGACCACUCACUUGAACUACUCCAGCUCAUCUAUACCGUCCACCCCUUCCAUGAAGAGAUCUACUACGUUGGUCGACGUUGAAAAUCAUAAUCCUGCACCUAGUAUCGUCACGCCAGUUCAAGUCACUGCUAGAAUGAGCACCUGA